AUGACACCUUCGCCAGACAGCCCUCCCGUUACAACUACACAACCCUCUUCCUUUACACGAAAACAAGUCCUUCAACAAAAGAAAAAGAAAAACUUGGAUGCCACAAAGGCCAACGUCAAAGAAGUUCCAAACAAUGAGCUGGGACAAAAGGAUAGGUAUGGCGAGCGUAUCACAACAAUAUACCCAAAGGAGGUAGCUGCCUUUCCUGUUGACGAUCAUGGCGCAUCUUUACCACCAGACAACGUGCCGUCGAGCAUUGCCACGUCUCCUCUACUGUCAGCUUUUGGAUCUGCAAACGCUGCAUCGGCGCAGUACACGAGUGAAUGGACCAAAUCACUCCCAUAUCCCGCGAAGCAGCAUCCCAUAGGCAACGGGAUCAAUAUCGGUGGUCCUCCGCCAACCCCCAAUUCUCACCCGCACAUGUUCAAAGAUGACUAUAAUGGUGCUGUGCCUACCUCUGUAUCUCCGCCGGCCUCCAUAGGUUCAAGACCUCUCAGCCACCCAACACAAUUCUCAAGUUUUGGAGGCCGACUCCAACCUUCACCUCAGCCGUCAGUCGGACGUGACAGACGGUCGUCUAUGUAUGCGCGCACUGGUGCGCGUUCUCCCUUCUUGGCACAUCCUCCAUUGCCACACCAGCCACAGCCGCAUUUUUAUGGCCUGCAAAAUCUGGAUAUGGCAUUGGGGACGCAGAAGACUGGUAACAUCCGUCCAGGAAGUGAUGGCUAUUAUUGUGGGUUUGAUACACUGAGACUGCCGGGUGAAAGUGCUUCUCGGGCCACAAAGAACGUCUUACUCGUUGGCUAUGAAGGAGGUUUUGACGUCCUGAAGGUUGAACGCACCAAGAUGGACGUUAUAGGACGCCUGGAAGGACUCCGAGGCGCCGUCAUAGGAGCAAAGCUCCUUUCAUCCACAGGCCCUGGUGACAUGUAUGCGUCCUUGCGUCCACUCGUAGCGCUUACCGUUCAUGGCCCGGUAGUAGAUCUGGCAAACGUCCCAGAGCCUGAUAAUGAUACUGCCUCCGUAACAUAUGCGGACACUAGACCUGCAACACCAAAGUCUGCAAGCGAUAUCAAGGAAUACCAAACUACAGUGGAAGUUUACUCUCUUCUGAAGCAAGAACAUAUCGCCACGUUAUUCGUAUGCCCGCCAGUUCCUAUUUCAAGUCCAAUCGACAGCCCGCUCUUCCGACCUCCGUUACCAACUGGUGAUUUGCGAAUUGAUGCUAGUGGCCGAUUUGUCACAAUAAGCUCUGGCAGCAGUGGCGAAGUCUAUGUAUUUUCCUCGCAACUGAAGAAAGCAGCAACGUCAGAGUCCUCCCAUUUUAGAUGCAUAGGUAAGCUGUGGACAUCUGUGCAGUCACGGAGUCUCGGCUCGGCCUCGAGUUCUUCAAGCUCUAACGAUGCAAGAAAUAUGGACGGGGAUGAGCAUAGGCCACAUGGAGUUCCGGUGGUAUCAGUAAGUGGACGAUGGAUUGCUGUGGCACCACCUGCGUCGGCGACAAGCCUCUCCAUCAAUGGUUCGGCUAUGCUGUCUGUAUCAAACCAGAGCCCUGCAGGUCUCGGACAUCAUACAGCUCCUCCUCAACCGAAUGAGAAUUGUGCUGUCGACGCUCCUCAGAGCGACGGGCUAGCAGGGCGAUUCGCAAGAGAAGGAGCACAAGCUGCCGUGCGCGGCGCAAAAUGGGCUGCUGGCCGGGGCUUUCAGGCUUAUCAAUACUAUUUUGGAAAGCCUGGACAGCCUCAGGAUCCGAUUGGGGCGCCUAUUGAUCACAUGAACCAGCAGUCCUACCCUCAAGCCUACGGACAUUUCGGCAGUUCUCCCACUCGUCACGACUCCACGAUGGUAUCUGUGUACGACCUCAAUCGCUUCUUGGACAACGAAGAGUCUAAGCGGAAAGGGGUCUUAGAACCAAUUGCAUCAUUCAUACCUCCGCACGGUAUCAGUCAUUUGUCACUCUCCCCUUCCGGUGUCAUGCUUUUGACCGUUGGAAAGAAGGGUGACGUGCAAGAGGUGUGGAAUUUGAUGAAGAUCACGAACCGCAAGAACCGCAAGUCAAAUCGAAGCACUCUAGACGGCCCGCAUGUUCGGCAAGUCGCGAGAUUCACUCGGAUGACUGUUGCUAAUGUGGUUGAUGUCGCUUGGACCUCUCCUAUUGGACGCGGAGUGGCUAUUCUUACUGAGAACGGAACUGCACAUUUGUAUCCAAUGCCAUCAGCAGCAUUCCAGUGGCCUCCGGCUAGAAGUAUGGCAGCAAAACCGCGCAAUGCCUUGAAGGAAGAAGCACCGGUGCUACAAGACUCCGGUCGGACUGGUGCUGUAGGAGCUAUGAGCUCUGCUUUCAGUGCCCUCAAUGGGACGGCACGUAGCUUCACAAACGCCUAUCGAUCUCAGAAGGGCAGUGAAAGCACUAAAAGCCCUGGAUCAACCUUUGCCCUACCGAGCAUGACAACUGCAGUCGGUGCACGAAGUAGCAAAGCCGUUGCUAAAAAUCUAUCGAAAUCUUUAGGGACCGCCGCCAAAAGCUUUGCCCAAGCUGGAGACAACAGAAUUCACCUAGGCUCGACUAGCUCAAUACCUGUGUCAAACUUGAUAUGCUGGCUGACAAGCAGAAGCGGCAAACCCUCCUUAGCAAUCGUUUCAGCAGGUCACAUCGACAUCUAUCGCGUCUUCAUGCAGCCAGCACGAGGCAAGCAACAUCCAGCCCGUGUGAAGAAGAAACGUAUGGUACAAUACCAAGUCCCUGAUGUUCGCGGCGGUCCGUUCCCACCGUCCCUCAUCGCAAAAAUUGGCCCACAUACACCUGGGGACCUUAACGGCACCAAAGAUCUCCCUCUCGAAGGGAUCUGGGCCCUGCGCACUCUUAAGCGCGAACACACCUCUACGAAACCCAAGGAACGCACUCCCCACCCUCUCAGCUUCGCUGAGCUCGAGACAAGCGCGCCGUUCCUGCCGUUUCACACCGAUCGCCGCGCCAACAUGUUCUUCACUGCCGAAGACGCGCUCAAUCCAUCUACUCAACCGCGCACCAUCAACGAUGGUAAAGAUGGUGUCUCUCUCACCGACCACGUGCCGCAGCCCUCAUUCGGCGGCCGCCUAGCUGGCCAUCGCGUCUUCAUAACGCAUCCGUCACGUCAUCUCUCUGGCGAGGACGAUACAGACCUAGACUUGCAUGACCAGCUCGAUGGAGUGACGGCUGAGAAUCGGAUGGUAAAGAAGGGCGGCGAUUACGAGGAAGUGCAGAUCAUUGUCACUACUCGACGGCGUAGAAGGCUUGAGGAUGGGUAUGGCGACCAAGAAGGGUUUUUUGAAGAUGAUUGUGAGGUGCUGGACUUUGCUGACGAUCGUGUUUGA